AUGUCGGCGAGCAAAAAGUCCAAGGGAGACUUGAUCGCUGGAGAGGAACCUAUCGAUCUAGGGGACGUCGAUGCUGUUGACGCCCAUGACGAGGCUCUGGUCGACAAGAUGAAGACAAAGAUGGAAAAGACCGUCAGUUGGUGUCAGGGGAUCGUAUUUGACGGUGUCGAGCGAGGCUCGGGGAGGGUCAGCCCAGCUAUUCUGGAUUCCGUUCGGGUACCGCUCCCAGACUACCCCUCGCCGGAGCCCAUCGUCAACAUAGCGAGUAUUACUGUUCGACAAAAUGCGCUUUGGGUCGAGGUCUAUGACGAAGGCAGCCUGAAACACAUCGACUCGGCCAUCCAGAAGGCCAAUCUUCCCGGUAUCAGUCCUAUCAAGCACGACAAGCUGAGCUUGCGGAUACCGGUGUCGAGGCCUACGGCCGACACUCGAACAGCUAUCAUCAAGCACAUGAGCGAUACGGCCGAACAGGCGAAACAGCAAGUGAGGAUCGCUCGGACAGACGCUUUGAAGGGGAUCAAGCACAAGAACGGGAAGAACAGCCCGAGCGGGAAAGAGGCUCAGCAGUUGACUGACAAGUAUACGAGCGAGAUCGAUGGUCUGAUCACAACGGCCAAGAAAGAGCUUGCCAAGGCAUGA